GCGCGCGGCGGGAAAUUAUUUCCCAGAGCCCGGAUUAGUGAGGUAGCGAGUGCUGCCGCGGCAGUCGUCUCCCCUGUCACCACCGCCACCCGAGGGAAGCAGCCCAGACUCUCCGGCAGGGAAGAUGGAAGAUGGUGCUCCAAAGCAUAUCAUCCAGAUGACGGGAUUUAAGAUGGAAGAAAAGGAAGCUCUAGGCAAAUUGCUUUUAAAACUAGAUUGCACUUUUAUUAAGAGUGAGAAAUACAAAAAUUGUACACAUCUUAUAGCUGAACGCUUGUGUAAAAGUGAAAAGUUUUUAGCAGCUUGUGCAGCAGGAAAGUGGGUACUAACUAAGGACUACAUAAUUCAUAGUGCCAAAAGUGGCAGAUGGCUUGAUGAAACAACUUAUGAAUGGGGCUAUAAAAUUGAAAAAGACUCUCAUUAUUCGCCUCAAAUGCAAUCUGCACCUAAAAGAUGGCGUGAAGAGCUGAAACGCACUGGUGCUCCAGGAGCCUUCCAUAGAUGGAAAGUUGUCCUCCUUGUUAGAGCUGAUAAACGAAGUGAUUCUCUUGUAAGAGUUCUGGAGGCUGGAAAAGCAAAUGUUAUUUUACCAAAAAGCUCACCAAGUGAAAUAACUCAUGUGAUUGCCAGUAAUGCAAGAAUCAAGGCUGAGCAAGAAAAAGACAACUUUAAAGCUCCAUUUUAUCCAAUUCAGUAUCUAGGGGAUUUUCUUUUAGAGAGAGAAAUUCAGAAUGAUGAAGAUUCCCAGACCAAUUCUGUUUGGAAUAAACAUAGCAAUCAGGAAAAAAACAAAGAUUUCUGGAAGGAUAGGGGAUUUCUUGAAAUGAAAGGUGCCUUAAAAGAGACCGUGCAUAGAACCCAGAAAGAAAAGCAAAAUCAUGAUGAAGAUGUUAACAAUAGUUCUCUUUUGACUGGCCAUCACAAAAAAGAAAAAAUCAGAGAUUCCAAUAAAGAUUUGAAAUUUGUUAAAAUGAGAGAUGCCUUAGGAAGGUGCACGUAUGGAAGUCAGAAGGAAAUUAAGAAAGAGGAUGAAGAUGUUCAAAGGAGUUAUACUUUGAGGAAAAAACGCAAAAAAGGAAAUGAAAGAGAUUCCAGGAAAGACAUUGAACGUAACAAAAUUAGAAGUACCUCAAGAAAGCACAUAUAUCAAGAUGAGAAAGAAAUGAAGAAUUCCAUUUUUGCUGAUGGUGCCAAAGAAUCAAAUCCCAAGGAUGUCAGGACAGAUGUGGAUAUUGUUGAAAUAAAAAAUGACCUAAGGAAGCACAUAUAUAGAGCUCAGGCUAUCAGAUACAGCUGCAUUAGAAUAGAUAAACAACCAGUGCACAAUAUUGAGGCUAAAAAUGCUGAAUUCCCCAGAGGUGUAUUAAAUUUAAUUGAAAGUCUCAUAGAAGGACAGUUUUUUAAAGAGGCGAUUGAAGAGCUUUCCUCAUUACAGGCACAUUAUAUCCCCCCUGUAUGCCUUCUUCAUGCUCUCCUAGAGAACAUUCUGCAGGAUAACAUAGAUACAUUUUCUGGCCGAUACUUUCAUAUAUUGUCUGCUCUUCUUCACCUACAUCCUCCUUGGAAGUCCCCAGCCAUGUCAAGAUAUUACUUAGAGCUGUUUCAGUGUCCAACUUGUAUGAAAGGAGCAUGGUCUCUCAUAGAAGUGCUUAUCAGGUCUUGUCUUUACAAUGAAAGUUUUUGUCAUCAAAUUUCGAAAAAUAUUAUUGGCAGUAAGGUGCUCCACCUGACCCUGCUCAAAUUUUUCUUUAAUUUAGUGGAAAGUGAAGUGCGACAUCUGAGCCAAAAGUUGUAUGACUGGUCAGAUUCUCAGAGUCUAAAAAUAACAGGAAAGGCAAUUCUUCUUGAAAUCUUUUGGUCAGGAAAUGAGGCCUCUGGGCUUUUGACCAAACCAGUAAAUAUGCUUUUGGAGUGGACCAUAUAUUCUCACAAGGAAAAAUGCAAGUCUAAUGAUGUCUUCAAACAUGAACUAGCCUACUUACUCACAGGAAUUCUUGGAGCAGCAAUAGAUUAUUGGAUCUUCCUUGGUCUGAAGAGGGGUAAAAAUGUGAUGCGACACAUGUCUGAUGACUUAGGAAGUUAUGUUUCCCUUUCAUGUGAUGACUUUUCUUCACAGGAAUUAGAGAUUUUCAUUUGUUCCUUUUCCUCCUCCUGGCUUCAAAUGUUUGUUGCAGAGGCAGUCUUUAAAAAGUUGUGUUCACAGAGUUCCAUCAGCAUUUCUUCUGAGCCACUCUCUCUCCAAAAAAUGGUAUAUUCCUAUUUGCCAGCUUUGGGGAAGGCUGGUGUGCAUGGGGCUGGAAAGAUACAGAUAUCAAAGAAAAUAGGACAGCGGCCUUGCCUUGAAUCUCAGAGAGCCUUGUUAAUGCUGAAUGGUGCGAAACAGAAACAAGUGGAAGGGCUGCCAGAAUUACCAGAGCUGAACCUUGCUAAAUGUUCCUCAUCGUUAAAAAGAUUGAAAAAGAAGUCAGAAGGAGAAUUAUCAUGUUCCAAGGAGAAUUGCCCCUCUUUAGUUACAAAGAUGAAUUUUCACAAAACUAAUCUAAAAGGAGAAACAGCCCUCCAUAGAGCUUGCAUAAAUAACCAAGUGGAGAAAUUGAUUCUUCUUCUCUCUUUGCCAGGAAUAGACAUCAAUGUUAAAGACAAUGCUGGCUGGACGCCUUUGCAUGAAGCCUGUAACUAUGGCAACACAGUGUGUGUCCAGGAAAUUUUGCAACGUUGUCCAGAGGUAGAUCUGCUCACUCAAGUGGACGGGGUGACUCCUUUGCAUGAUGCACUGUCAAACGGACAUGUAGAAAUUGGCAAGCUGCUACUACAGCAUGGGGGCCCGGUGCUUUUACAGCAGAGGAACUCUAAGGGAGAAUUGCCCUUGGAUUAUGUGCUAUCAUCUCAAAUCAAGGAGGAACUAUUUGCCAUUACAAAAAUAGAAGAUACAGUGGAGAACUUUCAUGCACAAACAGAGAAACAUUUUUACCACCAGCAACUUGAAUUUGGUUCAUUUUUACUUAGUAGGAUGUUGCUAAAUUUUUGUUCAAUUUUUGAUUUAUCUUCGGAGUUCCUUUUAGCUUUCAAAGGGUUAACUCAUCUAAAUGAGCUGCUUGUGGCUUGUAAGAAUUAUAAGGAAGCCACCAGUGCUCACACCGACUGGUUAUUGGAUCUUUAUGCUAGAAAUAUAAAAACAUUGCAGACGCUCCCAAAUAUUCUUAAGGAACUGCCUGAGAAUGUAAAAGUGUGCCCCGGGGUGCACACUGAGGCCUUACUGGUGACACUGGAAAUGAUGUGUCGUUCAGUCACAGAGUUUUCGUGAUGAUGCCAAAAACAAUGAGUCCACUUUCCAAACGUGGUUAGCUUGCUUUGUCAUUUCUCAUGGACAUCAUAGCUUAUUAACAAAUAAUAAUUUUAUUUAUUUAUUGACAGAAUUUGCAGCUUUGCUGAAUUUCAAAAGCACUUAGUGAGCUGCUGCAAAACUCUAAAUGUAAGCCCCUGACUUUUUCCAUGUUGUAGAAUUUGACUCAGAAGUAAAAAGAGUUUCAUUUGGUGUACGCUGUUUUCAUUAAUCUGUAUUAUUUCUUGUUCUGAAAAUAUUUAUUUAUAUUGUACAUGUAAAACAUUUUAAUUUAAAUAUUUUUUCAAAUCAAAAUGUAACAUCCUCUGUUCGAGGGAUUUGAGACUUAGAAUCAUGACAAGGAUAUUCAUGCAUAUGUGUACCUAUAAGCAUGUAGCUACCUGUUUUCUUCUCUGUAGGCUGUUGAGCUAAAAUUACUCAGUUUAGUUUUGUUGUAAAAUAAACAUUUCUAAAAUUUA